AUGUCUAAUGAAAGGCCUUUUUCUGUGGCUGCAUGCAAAUGGUUAUCUGUUGGAAAGAAGUCGAUUUUUGGGUCUCUGAGUAUAGAAUUAGGUGUUCAGGUCUUGGCUGUUGAUUUGGGCUUAAAACCAGCCCUGCUUUAUGACAUCAACUGUGCUACCGCAGAUCAAGUACAGCAGUACUUGUGUACACUGCAAUCUAACAGUUUGGUGUCCAAGUCUCUUAUCACGGUGGACAUUAAUGGCAAUGUCCUUAUUGUUAAUCCAGAUAUGAUGAUGGAACACCUCAAGCAGCUGCUUAUUAGUAGUUAUGUGUCAGUGAUUGAUGUCAGUCACACAUUGGAAAAGCCACAUAUUACCGAGCCGCUGAGCGGAGAUCUGAGGAGCAUGCUGCAAGAGUUAAUGUCAGUUUUACAAACACACGUACAGUCAACCAAAAAAGACCAGCCUCUCUUAGUGGGAGAUGAAGCUGGAAAGUGGAACUUGUGCACCCUCUUUGGGAUUCUACUGGGCUUUCCGUGUACGUACUGGUUUGAUCAGGGCAAAAGCUUUGAGAACUGCCUGGCAAUGACUCAUUUGAUGGUGUUUAAAGCUUCAGUUUCAUGGCAAACAGAAACUGCAGGACAUGCGUGUUGCCUUUAUUCCUUCAGCACCCCAGCUCUCCUGCACAACGAGACUCAGGCCAGCCUGGACCACUGGAGCCGGGGACUAACUGAAAGAUUUCAACAGCAAUCCGUUCUAAGUAAUCUUAGUAUAACGCAAUCUCAUGUUACGUUGCGUUCGGUCUGUCUUUAAAGCCACCACUGAUGUUACAGCUUUACUGAAAUUUAAACUAGGUUUACAGUCGUGAAUAAACAAUCUCAAAACAAAA